UUGUUUGAUUCAAGAUGGCGGAUCGUGAUCGAAGAAAUUGCAGCGCUCGUUCCCGUUCACGAUCUACCUCUAGGGAUAAAGAAAGAGCGAAGAGAAACGAGAGAGAGAAAGAAGAGCCGAAAAAUGUGAAGACCAUCGAUAGAGAAAAGACUUGUCCUCUUCUUCUUAGAGUAUUUUGCAGUAAGGGUCGUCAUCAUAGGCUUGAUGAAUAUUCAAGAAACAGCCUUCCAUCCAAUGAAUUACAGAUAUAUACCUGGAAAGAUGCUACCCUAAAAGAGCUGAUGAACCUUGUUAAAGAAGUAAAUCCAGAUGGACGGCAGAAAGGAACAGUGUUCAGCUUCUCAACAGUCUUCCCAGAUCAAAGACGUGGGGGAUUCAUAAUGAAGGAUAUAGGAUCAACCACGGCAGGAAGAAAGGGACAAGAUGACAGCGUAACACUGGAAUCGAAAAAGUUCCAAAUAGGGGACUACAUUGAUGUAGCUAUACAAGUACCUAGGAUGGUACGAAGGGAUAGGCCUUAUUGAUUUAUUUAAAUAUCUUAUUCAUUCUUUGGGGGGAAGGGGAGGUGUGCUGCACUUUUUUCAAAAUAAAACAAAAAAGUUCAAAAUAACAAUUGAUUAUUACAGGAAUCAAAAUAAUAAUCUGGUCAUCAAUAAAUAAAGUUGGCUCAAAAUUGGCACUAAUACAGCCAAAUGCCUUGAUCAGUCAGAUGUGGCCAAGCAUCCUGUCUAGCCAUUGAGUAGCCAUUACAGGUUUGCCGCUUCCAUCUAACAUUCUUGGAUUGAGACCCAGAUUUUUGACAUUAGGUUUUUUAUCAAAACAUGGACAUUUCUCUAAUGCCAUAUGAAUACAUUGUAUGUCCAUGUAUUGUGUCUUGAUACAAAGUAAYGCACCCACCCCUUCCUCGCCCUUCGUUGUUCAAAAACUUUUAUCCUCUCUACCUGUUUCUCAUAAUUUUUAGUCAUCCUAGAAGCCCUUUUUAGACUUGAAAAAAAUAACAUAUAUUCGUAGUAAAACUCCUUUUUUAGUUCCUCCAGUUUUUCCAUUUUUUGUAGCUAUUGUUGAUUGAGUUGUUAAGUAACCUCACAUCCAUAGAUAUUUAUAAUAAAAAACACAUUUUUAAUG